AUGUCUGGCCCUCAAUCUUCUGUUGGAUCUCCUACGACGCCUACUGGAUCGCCAUCUUCGCAGUCGAAAGGCGUCAAGCGCGAGGCAACCGCCGAAGAUAUCGAAGAAGUGUCUGCACCUCGACCCAAGAAACCUCGCAAUUCCUCACUCCAAUAUCUGACUCUCGACGACGAACCGGAUCGAGAUCCAACCUUCUGGUACUCUGACGGCUCCGUCGUGCUGUCAGUUGCGGAAACCCUCUUCAAGCUGCACCGCUCUCGUCUGGCUUCUCAGUCUACGUACCUUCAGGACCUCUUUGAAGGCGCGCCGGACGAAGACUUCGAAGCCGAUGGGAAUACAUGCCCACUGUAUGUCAUCCGGGUGAAAGGUCUGAAGCUCUUCGAUUUCUCGUCGUUGCUGAGCAUGGUGGAGGAUCCCUUCUCCGCUAGGCGCAACACACCAAGUUUUGCCCUCAUUGCUGCCGUCGCGCGUGCAGCUAAGCUUCUUGGCUUCGAUCAAGCAUUAACCUGGGCUACUGGACGGCUGGAAGAGACAUGGCCCGUCGAGGUUGCCGAUAUUGAACGCGGCUCUCGUGACCAUGCUCAAGAGGCCCUUGAACUCUCCCGCAUUCUGGAUAUGCCCACCAUCCGCAAACGCGCGCUAUACGAACUCAUGCGAUUACCGGGUUUCGGGCAAGAUGGAGAGGACUCCGCUCUGUCCAUCUCGGACUAUAGACUACUCACGCAUGCUCGUGAGAAGUGCUCGUUGCACUGGACAGGUAUCAUGAAGAAAGGUCCAACGAAACUGGCCACCAAGUGUGCUCCGCUCUUACAAGGGUGUCCGGUGCGCCAUGAUGGUACACGCCUCAACAAAUGGUGGACUCUCAUGGCAAAGGAGGAUAUGAUGUGGCGCUACUAUCUUGAUCCCAUCGGCGGAUACAGGCAGCUCAAAACAUUGCUUUUCCGUGAAGCUAAGGCCGAUCCGAUGGAAUGGUGUCCGGAUUGUCAAAAGGAAUGGGAAAAGGAGUGGACCACGGCGCAGGAGAACCUGUGGAAGGAUUUGGACGAAUGGCUCGAAUUGCCGCAGUAA